AUGUACGUGACAAUUGCUACUAGUUUAUGUCUGUUUUUCUUCCAGCAAAUAUUGAUUAUCAAGACUCAAGCAAGCUCAGAAUGUUAUGCUUAUAAUGGAACUAGCACAACAGUUGCGAUUUAUUGUAGCGAUACGUGCUGUUCAGCCGUAGCUGCAUCUGCUGCAACGGCAUGUUGCUCAAGUAUUUCAUGGAGUGCAUUAGCUAUUCCGUUUUUCAUUGUUGCUGGUAUUUGUUUUUGUGCUGUCUGCCUCAUUUAUUGUCGGCCAAUGUUGAAAAUUUGCCUAUGUGGAUAUAAGUGCCCUUGUGGAAAUCGAACUCAAGUUCGAUCCUCGAGCGCUACGAGUCCAUAUGCUCAUUCAACUCAUGUAAUAAACAAUGAUGGCUUGCCGGAUUAUGAAACUAUUACAAAAGAUUUGCCAAUGAAAGAUUUAACACCUCCACCCUAUAAUUUUGUGGCUUCACAUCCAAAUGAUUUUGGUAUUGAAGUAGGUGUUCCGAGCGCACCGCCUAAAUAUUAUUCACGACCGAAUUCAGCCGCUGUUGGAGAUUGA